CAAGCCAUUGAAGCAUGUGUCAGAGGAUCUACUGUCUAUCCUUGUUGUAUGUCUAUGUGUUUACAUACAGUUGCGUUUUGUUUUCAUGUUGUACCUCGUAUAUGUAUGUCGCGGUAUUGUGAUAUUUAACAAGUAAGCGUUACGAAUUACGAAUUUAAAUGGAAGUAAAGCCAGCAAAAAAGAGAAUUCGUAAAGCUUCUGCUGAAUCCGAAAAUGAGAGCACAGUGGAAAACCAUGAAAAUCCAGUGGAUUCGAAUGCUUAUCUAACCUAUGAUAUUUUAAGAAUUGUCUUUACGUAUUUAAAUGGCAUGGAUUUAGGAAGGGCCGCGAUGGUUUGCAGGCUUUGGUUAGAAGCUGCAAAUCAUGAAAAAUUCACAAGAGGUCCUGAAUGUUUUAUAGAACAUUACCUACGAUUUACAAGUAAAACAUGUUGUGUCGAAAAUGCAAAUAUUAAACCGGUUAUAGGAUUGUUUUUUAUUCCUGAAAAAAUACCAACUAAUAUAAAAGGAUGGAUCAGAGAAUCACUCCCACAGAAUUGUAAGGCUAUAAUGCUAUAUACUAGUGGUAUUAUUAUCAAUAAUGAAGAGAUCGAAUAUAAUGCAUUUCCAAGGAUAGUAUGUGCACUUUUGCCAGAAAUUCCAAAUGUGAAAAUCAGGACUACAAUCCUAAGCACAGAAUUUUCUCCGCAUUCAUUUUCUAAAUUUUCGCUGUCAUUAUUCGAAGAUCAUAAACAGAAACUUAUUGAUAUGAUUAAUGAAACAUCUAUACCAAAUCAUGAUGAGUCUACGAGUUUAAUAUUCUUGUGUAAUAAUUUGAAAAGUGCUAAAAUAGCAACACUUUUGGCCGAUGCUGUACAAGAAUACAGUGGAGAAGAUAGAAUAACUUCUUUAUGGGGUGGUGUUGUAGAUAACACAAUUUAUAGCAGGCCUGAGGAAUAUUGUAUAGCUGUUCUAAUUACUGGUUCGAUACAAUCAUGGUCUGUAGUUAUAGACAAAAGAUACAGUACAAAGGAGCAAGUUACAAAAAGAUUAAGAUUAUUUAAGAACCAAGUAAAGUUAAAGAAACAUUCCAUGGGAUUUAUGUUCGCAUGCAAAGCUCGUGGAAUUGGUCUUUACAAUGAGAAAAAUGUGGAAUCAACAAUAUUCAAGACAUUAUUUCCCGAAGUACCUUUAGUUGGUUGUUUUGGCAAUGGCGAAUUUGGGAAAAAUACAAUGCCUGUUGAUGAAAUGGAAAAGAAAAUAAACAGCAAAAAGUGGUAUUAUCAAUACUCGACCAUAUUUAUGAUACUUACGUACGGUUGAUGCUUUGAAAGAAGAUGCUAUGGAUGUCUGUGCUACGAUUAUCUUUUUGUCGAUUAUUUUUUCAUUUAUAAUUAAACAAUGGCGCUUACAUUCAUAAAGUAAAAACAUACAACAUGACAUGUAUAAAAACAUGUAUGUAUAGCAAUAAAUCUAAAUAGGGAGAUCAUACUUUAUUCUUAAAUGCGUUCUACAAGUAUUUUGUAUGAGUUCUAAGACGUCGCUGUCGGAAAAUUAAAGAAACAAAUAUAUAAUAUAUGAUAAUAUA